CUGAACUCCUUCCCCUUCGACGAAACUCCAUUUUCCAUCGCUCACAGAAUAUUCGGCUCUUUCAAUUUGGAAUAGAAGGGAAGAAGUUAAGGAUGGUGAAGUAGAAGAGUGUCUCACAGACAUAAGAGGAGCAUUAAUAUUCAAUUUCCUUUCAGCCAUCUUCUUCCAAAGUUGAACAACUGUUCUAUAUAUUUACAGAGAUGAUUUUCCAGAGAUGAAAUUGAUUCUUGUCGGCAUAUUCUAUUAUUGGAUUGGUCUUUAGCAAGUUUUAAAACAAAGUGCUCAUUUACUCCUCAACUUCCUUACAGUUUCAGGUCCAGAUCUUGGUAUGUUAUGUAGGUAGACUGAAAAAUGGAGGCAUUGAAAGCAUGUUAUGGGGAUGGAUCUUCUGAUUCAGAUUCGGAAUCUGCCCCUUCAACUCCAGCCUUAGCUUACUCAGAAGGAUUAACACCCUUGCCACCACCUCCUAUCUCACUGCUCGAUCCUUCAAAUUUUUUUGGGUCUCAAGAUCUGCAGAUAGGACAGACAACUAGAAUUAGGAGUUUCCCUCAUGUUGAUGGUGACUAUGCCUUACAUGUAUACAUACCAAUUGAUAUUUCAUCUCCAUCAAAGAAAGACCUAGCAGCUUUCUUGAAGAAAAUCUCAUCUCGGGAACCAAGUCUUUAUGUUGUCGAUGUUGAUCUCCCACUUAAUCUCCUCUGCAAAAAUGAUGAGAAGCUUGAACAAGUUGCCUUAGGAAGAGAAUUUCACAUAAGUUUGGGAAGAACGGUUCCAAUACGAGUACAUCAGAUUGACUCAAUGGUCUCAAUGCUAAGACAGAAGCUUCAAAAUCAACACCGUUAUUGGAUCGACUUUAACAAGUGGGAGGUUUUUGUUAAUGAUGAUUACACACGCACCUUUCUCUCAGUAGAAGUUGUUCAAGGAGGGUUAGUAGAGAUAACAAAGCAAAUUGAAGCGGUCAAUGUAGUUUACAAGCUUCAUAAUCUUCCUGAAUUUUACAAGGAUCCACGUCCUCACAUAUCUAUAGCAUGGGCAAUGGGCGAUAUCACCCACUCCUUGAAGAAAAAUGUUGAUGAGGAAAUGAAGAAGUUUAUUGGGAAAUCAUCAAAGAAAUGCAUUUUUAACUGUAAAUUCAAAGGUAUUGAGUGUAAGAUUGGCAAGAAAAUAUAUACAAUAUGUAAAAUUUCUGAUGGACAAUAAUAUAAAUAUAGUUUAAAAAGUAUAGGGAAAAAAAAGUAUGGGAUUUCCUGUAGUAUUUCUGGCUGGAUAGUGUUUUAUGUUGUGAAAUGGUGGGCUUUUUUGACUUAGUGACAGAUCGAUGAUAAAUAAAUUAAUUGUAAGAUGUGAAGAGUUUUAAGUUUUAGAC